CUGUUUCUGUGCCUGAAUGUUAUUUCUACACUUCGAGUGGAGGGAUAGUCAACAGGUUUUCCUGUCUAACGACACUGACAGCAACCAAACUGCUGGAGUUGGUGCAUCUCAGAUCACCUGCUGAAAUUAAACUGAGAUGUUCUUACACUGCACAGUCUGGAGAGUUAACAUCUCCAUACAGUAACAUGUCCACCAUUAAAGUAAAAAGGGCAAAUCUCAAGGAUAAAAGAACCACAGAUUUGACAACCUUGUGUCCUGGUACACUAUCAUCUGGGGAGAGAGUUGAUACAGGGACAACUUCAAAGGAUGGAAGAACCACAGAUUUAACCACUGUCAGUCCUGGUAAAACACCAUCUGGGCGCAAAGUUCACACAGAUGAACUGAUAUGGAAACCACUGGUGGUUUCAACUGGUUGUGGAGUUGCUGUGGGUGUUGUCUUACUGGGAUGUGUACUUGUGAGGAAUCUGAAAAGAACUGUUCCAGUAAAUUCUGUUAACAGCAGCUCACAAGCGCACUGCACUGUUGUAGAUGGCUUAAUGAACACAACACAUCUUGGAGAAGUGGAUAGGCGGAUCAUCCCCUUCGUCCCCAGACUCUGCUUCCACCACGGAAGAUGUGCCAGUGGGAUUGAGGAGUCACCUCCAGGAAACGAGCAAUCAUACUCUGUAUUCACCUCAGUACCUGCUGCUGAUCCAGUUGCAGAUUCUACUCAAGAAGAUGGACAGCAACUUCAAAAAAAUGAAUCUGAUAUAUACCAUUGGUAUUCAACCAUCCCAGAGGAGCCAACUACAUCAGCCCUGAAGAGUAUGGUGUAUAGCACUGUGAACCCUAUGUACACCUCUGUGAACUCCGUGUAAACUGCAAAUGAACAUUGUUUUAACUUGACUGCCUUAAGACAGUUUGAUAGCAUAAAUGUUAAAUUCCUGACUAAAUUAAAAUGUUAAAAAAGUGUUGUUUUCUAAUGUGUCUAUUUUAUGCUUAACACAUUUUUUGUAAUAGGAUAUAUUUUGUUUUUCCUCCAGGACUGUAUAUAAAUAGCAACACAUUUAUAUUCAAUGUCUGCAGUACAGCUACACAAACUCACCCACACAAAAAAGUAGCUUAAUGUGUAAAUGAUGGAAAAUAUUUAUUUGCAUUUAUUCAUCAGCUUUCCUAAAGAUGUAGUUACGAGUAUGUGGUCACCUUGACAAAUGGCUGAACACAUCAAUGUCACAUUCUUCAAACACACUGCUCUUAUUCAUGCAUCUUGUACUUUUGUUAAAUAUCAUUUGCUUAAAAAAACAGAAUAAACAGAAUGAAGCCA